GUCCACUUCCUGCUUGGCGCCUCUGCAACGCCUCGCGUCGAAAAUAGACUUGCAUCCUAUUUUGAGCGGAGCCCAGCGGCGAGACGCUUCUGGGACGCUUCUGAGCCGUAAACGCAGCCGUAACGCAACGCAGACGGACCCGGUGGAAUCUAGGGGCCUCCAGGCUCUUCCUCUUGCUAGACGGUUGCAGAAGACACCUUCAACCUACCAGCUUCCUGAUGGCUUUCGACAGGGAACCGAACUUUUCGACAUGCGUGAACCAGUUUCUGACUUCAGACAAGGUACCGAACCCUCCAGGAGAUUCAUCGUGGACCUGAACACCGGUCUGCUGCAAGAACACAUGAGCGAGAUGGACAGGGGAGACGCUUUCAUCCGUCCUCUAGGAAAAGGAUUAGGAGAGAUGGAGGGAAGUCACCUGCUGGCAAAUGAGGUCCCUGAAGAUGUUCCAGCCCAGAAGAGCGUUGGUGGUGCUGGUUGGGGUCCGGGUGGACAAACCCUCUGAUCCUCAUCUCCCAGAUGGUUUCAGACAGGGAACUGAACCCAUGAUGUCUCUCCCAGAUGGUUUCAGACAGGGAACUGAACCUAUUCAUACGGUCCCAGAGAGUUCUAGGGAGGAGAUUCAAUCUAUGAAGUCCAUCCAUGAGGGGCUUAGGCAGGGAACCGAACCUAUUCAUAUGGUCCCAGACGGCUUUGGGCAGGAGAUUACAUCUAAGAUGUCCAUCCCAGAUGGUUUCAGACAGGGAACCGAACCCAGGAUGUCAAUCCCAGAAGGUUUUAGACAGGGAACUGAACCUAUGAUGUCCAACGCAGAAGACUUGAGCCAGGGAACAGAACCUAUUCAUACGGCCCCAGAGAGUUUUAGGGAGGAGAUUCAAUCCAUGAUGUCCAUCCAUGAGGGCUUGAGCCAGGGAACAGAACCUAUUCAUAUGGUCCCAGAUGGCUUUGGGCAGGAAAUUAAAUCUAAGAUGUCCAUCCCAGAGGGUUUUAGACAGGGAACCGAACCUAUGAUCUCCAUCCCAGAAGACUUGAGCCAGGGAACCGAACCUAUUCAUACGGCCCCAGAGAGUUUUAGGGAGGAGAUUCAAUCUAUGAUGUCCAUCCAUGAGGGUUUUAGGCAGGGAACCGAAUCCAUGAUGUCCAUCCCAGAUGGUUUGAGCCAGGGAACAGAACCUAUUCAUAUGGUCCCAGACGGCUUUGGGCAGGAAAUUAAAUCUAAGAUGUCCAUCCCAGAUGGUUUCAGACAGGGAACCGAACCUAUGAUGUCAAUCCCAGAGGGUUUUAGGCAGGGAACCAAACCUAUGAUGUCAAUCCCAGAAGACUUGAGCCAGGGAACAGAACCUAUUCAUACGGCCCCAGAGAGUUUUAGGGAGAAGAUUCAAUCUAUGAUGUCCAUCCAUGAGGGUUUUAGGCAGGGAACCAAAUCCAUGAUGUCCAUCCCAGAUGGUUUGAGACAGGGAACCAAACCGAUGAUGUCAAUCCCAGAUAGUUUUAGGCAGGAAAUCGAACCUAUUCAUAUGGUCCCAGACGGCUUUAGGCAGGGAACCGAACCCAUGAUGUCCAUCCCAGAAGGCUUUAGGCAGGGAACCGAACCCAUGAUGUCCAUCCCAGAAGGCUUUAGGCAGGGAACCGAACCCAUGAUGUCCAUCCCAGAAGGCUUUAGGCAGGGAACCGAACCCAUGAUGUCCAUCCCAGAAGGCUUUAGGCAGGGAACCGAACCCAUGAUGUCCAUCCCAGAAGGCUUAAGGCAGGGAACCGAACCCAUGAUGUCCAUCCCAGAAGGCUUCAGGCAGGGAACCGAACCCAUGAUGUCCAUCCCAGAAGGCUUUAGGCAGGGAACCGAACCCAUGAUGUCCAUCCCAGAAGGCUUCAGGCAGGGAACCGAACCCAUGAUGUCCAUCCCAGAAGGCUUCAGGCAGGGAACCGAACCCAUGAUGUCCAUCCCAGAAGGCUUCAGGCAGGGAACCGAACCCAUGAUGUCCAUCCAGAAGGGCUUCAGGCAGGAACCUAACUAUGAUGUCCAUCCCAGAAGGCUUCAGGCAGGGAACCGAACCCAUGAUGUCCAUCCCAGAAGGCUUCAGGCAGGGAACCGAACCUAUGAUGUCCAUCCCAGAAGGCUUCAGACAGGGAACCGAACCUUUGAUCCCAGAAGGUUUCAGGCAGGCAACUGAACACUCCGCCCCCGAGCUCCAGACAAAGACAGUGGCAUGUAAGGGACAUCAUUAAUGGGAACGGUUAUGAGGUCAAUCCCACACCGCUGACCUCCAAGAUG